CCACCACACAGCAUCAAUCAUCAGGCCUCUACCUACUAAAUUGCUACAACGCCAGGAUUGUUCAAAAUGCGGACUUUUUCAAAAAGCCACUCCCUUACUGUACCCGCACUGCGUCCUUCCAUUCGCCGCUUUAGGACUCCCGCGACCUCUGGUCUGAGCCUCAUAAAGACUGGGUUCGAGCAAGGCAGUCCUGAGGUGUUGCCGAAAAUUCGGCAGUACCAAAGCUAUAUCCGCAGGCAAGAAUUGUACACAGGGCCGAAUGUUUACGGGCCUGGUUUUUCUGGCGAGCCCCCUAGGCCCUGCACUUGCGGAGGAAGGUAUGAUUUUCGCCGUAAUGAGCAGCUUUUUCUCCAGAAACAAGACCUACUUCUUGAGAAAGCUACUAGACAUGGCUUCCUGACUGUAUAUAUUACACCUUUGAUAUUCUUAUUUGGUCUAAUUUCUAUAUAGGGCAUGAUACUGAAUGAAAAAAUUGAAAUGAUGAAGGACGAGGGUAGAUAUAAUAUCCGCGGAGCUCUCCGUAUGUAAUGACAGUUCCUGCAUGUCUAUUCUCUACUAACAUUGCGGCUCAGAAUUCCUCGUUUUCAGUGCGUAUGCACUGGACAUAAUAGGCGAUUUUCGUCGGAUACAAAACGGCCUUAACAACCUGGCCGCUACACCGAAAUUCAUCCGCAUCCUCGAAGAGGAAGCCCAUGCGCGUGGUCUUGUGCCCAAGGAGAUAGCGAUUUGUGUCCAUGAUCUUUAUCAAAAGGUGGAGGAACGUUCGUACCCUAUUGAAGAUAUUAUUACCAUUCGAUCUACAGACUUUGGUGUCCAUGACCGGGCUGCACUGGUUGUUUUCAUGAAGUUGCAGAAUGUGUGGACGAAUGCAUUGUUUUGGCGUGAGGAAGCGACAGAGGAGGGGGCGGUGGGACACAGCCGUUGAUAGAUGGUUGAUAGAUGGUUCCUAAAUGAUGCUCUUCCGUGUUCCCCGCACAAGCUUCUAUUUCCCAUAUCUUUGUGCCAAAACCCUAUAGUUUUCAAUACAUGUCACCUCCAUUUCACUUGCGCCAACUACCAUAGCCUGUACACCCUCCACAACCCAUCUUCGUAGAAUUAGAUGUAGGACUCCAAGCACCCCUACAUUCUUUGAUGCCAACAGUGACCACGCCCCUCAGAAAAGAGGGCACAGGCGUUUGAGCAAGCCUCCCAUCUGUUGGAAAUCGCGAGGCGCUGCUCGGCAUGCUCCCACGAUAGUUUGCUUUCUUUGUCCGGAUAGCUUUGGAAACGCGCUUGGGAUUUUCGCGAAAGCAUUUAGGCUGCAGGAAUGCACGGAAGUUUUGGAUUGAUGCAGCGGCCAGGAGGGAGGCGGGGAGGCUGUGUGGAAAGCCGGAUAGUUAGAGGCCCGGAGGCUAUGGACAGUGGGAGUUUGUCUUUCCUUUGUUAGCACGGGAGUCAGGGCAAAGGAGGAGGGGAGGCAUACGAGCGAUAGGAUGGACAUGUGUGGCAGUCCGCGGAAGGAUAGAAGGACCUGGUUUGUUGUUGACAUAUACCGGUACUCCUGUCUACACCAUUAGUUAGUAGAGAUAAGAUGGUGAGGAACGCGAAGAAAAAGAAACUUCCCUGCUCCUGAGUUGUGCAAUCGCCUGGUGAGUGAACUCUUGGCGUUUCGUUUCACCGUUUCGUCCUUGCACUGUUGCACUGUGGCUAUUGUUAUCUUCGAUCCACGUUU